CUGUCAUGUGGUCAGCUGUGUCUAAUCACAGCUGAUCGCAUGGGACAUGUACACUGAUCAUCAGGGCACUGAUGAUCAGUGUUCCCAUGAUGAUCAGUGUGCCCUGAUGAUCAGUGUAGCCCCAUCAGUGCCACCUGCCAGUGCCCAUCAGUGCCACAUACAGUAUCAGUGCACAUCAAUGCCACAUAUCAGUGCCCAUCUGAGCUGCCUUUCAUUGCCACCAAUCAGUGCCAGUCAGUGCCACCUAUAAGUGCUGCCAGUCAUUUCCGCCUAUCAGUGCCAUAUACGACUGCUGCCUUUCAGUGCCCAUCAGUGA